AUGAUAGGGAUCAUUAAAUUUGGCCACUUAAAUGGCCUCAAUAGCGCUUGAAAACUCAUGACACAUGAACUUAGAAGUCCCAGAUUUGCUGACACAAAAACGACCGAUUUUUCUUGUGCAACUGCACAAAGAAGCCAAAAAAAAUCAUCAAAAGAAAGCGACGAAAAUAAAGGAGAGCAAAGUCACGGAAUAUCGACCAUGCUAAGGUCUCUAGGGCAUUGAUAUGUAACUUUAUCCAAUCUUUCUGAUUCUAUCUCAAUUGAGGAAUUAGGGAUAAAACUAUCAAUCUCAGCAUAA